AUGAAGCUUUUUGCUUUCUCACUUGCUGUUAUUGGCGCCAACGCUAGCUUCAAUCCCUUUGGACAAGCUCAUUCUCAUCAAGUCAGAAGUGUUAGUGAUUCUGAACCGGAUUUUGACGAUUUUAUGCUUUCAAUGAAUGCAAUGAUCAAUGAUUUAUCAAAGGGUGGCCGAGUCCCAAGCUGGUUGGAGGACAACGGCACUGGAGUCUACAAACGAUCGUCCGGCCGACCUGCGGGAACUGGAUUUGACGAGGAUGCUAUUAAAGCUGCGUUCUUCCGAAAUCUUUAA